GCCUCUUGUUUGAAUUCGGUUUUAAAGGCGGCUUUUGCGUCUUUUAUUACUUGCGCGAUUUCGGGGAUGUUUUCGGCCAUUUCGUGCGGAAAAUUUUAGAAAAUUUGACGGGUAGGUGCGGAAAAGUCACUGAAAAUGUUCAACGACGUGUGUUUGUCGUGAUAAUUGAUAAAAUUAUUCGAAAAUAACUGAAUGAUAGGACUUGAAGAUAACAAUGUCAGUCAGUGACCCGUUAAUUAAAGAUAUUAAAGGUCACACGUUACGCCUUUUCCACGAAACGACAGUCAAAGAUUCGAGUGAAAAUCUGGAAAAGUUCUGUCACGUCAUCGAGGCGAUUUUCCACAAAGGUUUGAUCGAAAAACACAAUUUUUACAGUAAAAAAAUCGAAGUUUUCGCAUGGAUGUCCACGAUAUCGUCCGGUGACGACCUCAUUGACUUUAUUUACAAAAAUAGCGUCCAAGAAGUCCAAAAAUGUAAAAGUGUUACAACCCCAGUAGGGAAAUUUCGACUUUUAAUUCGCCACUGUUUGGUGAAUAAAUGUCUACAUUUUCCCCUAGAAGCCUUGAACAAAUCGGACAAAAAACCGUUUAUUUAUGAGAAAAAUUCAAUAAUUGGUGAUGAAAUUUUAUCGACGAUUUUCUCAUCAGUGUUAUUGCAAUGCAAAAAAAUCAAUUUUCAAUUAGAUUUGUCAAAUUAUUACUUCCUGGACUUGACUUGGGGGAUCCCCGAUCGGGUCAAACUCGAAUUAGUCCCAUGUCAAAGUCUCGGAGUCAACAUCAGUUUUUCAGAAAAUCGCGCUGUAGUCGUCCACAUUCGACCAAACAGCGUCGCAUCCGAAUCAGGCGAAAUCUCCAUCGGUGACAUUUUAGCGAAUUUGAACGGCGUUGAAAUAACCUCGUCUUGUAAAGGCCGUUUAAACACAAUUCUGCGCCUAUCUAAAGGCCGUCCAAUCAAUCUCAUUAUAAUUAAAGCCUCGCACAAUGGCGAUAUUUUCGCCCCUAUUAAAACCCUCCUCCGCGACCUAAAACUGGACACAAACCACGAGAAAACGGCCCAAAACGAGCCAAAAACCGGCUUCAAAGCCACGUAUUUGGGCUGUGUGAAUGUGGGUUGCAAGGGUAGCGUGAGGCAAAUCGAAGAAGUGCUCAAAUUUCAUUUGAACAAAUUCGAGAUUGGCGACAGGAAACCGGUCAGUAUCGAAAUUGGGGAAAUUAACGUCAAAAUAACACAUCUGGAGACAAACCAAAUUCUGCUCAAACACUCAUUCAUGCAAAUUUCAUCUUGUGGAUCGGCACAAAAUUCCCCCAAUUAUGUCGCAUACAUAGCCGGCGAUGAAAAUUGCGACACCGCAAACAAUUUUGUUUGUUAUAUUUUUCACGUGAAUGAUGUUUCACUGGCGUAUACGAUUUUACAAAGCAUUGGGCAAGGAUUCCAUCGGACGCAUUUUGCGGUUUAAAUUCAAUAAACGAUUAAUUUUACUUGUUUUAUUUCAAAUUUACCGCCUUAAAGUUGGUAAUGUUAUGAAUGUGUUGCUUAGUAACCCGAACUAUCAACUUUUGCGUUGCCUAGUAACGGGCUUUUUACUUUCAUCAAAUUAGCGCGAAUUUUGAAAGUCAAAUUAAAAUUUUUGGUUUUUGGGGAAAAAAAUUCACCCCAAUUGAUUUUUCCAGGGAUGAAAAUUGCGACACCGCAAACAAUUUUCACUGACGUACACGAUUUUACAAGUAAAUAUUUAUUUACUGUCAUUGCAAUAUUAAAAAAGUGCGCCACUAAAACUGACCAAAAUUUAAAUUGCAUGCUAAAACCGUUCAUUUCUAACAAUAAAAUGCUACAACCGUGCAUGAUUAUUAAAAACAGUAAACAAAUAAAAACGUAAAUCCUUAACAGCUUAUACAGAAUGGUCCAGAAGUCUGUAAACGAUUUUUUUUCUGCCAAACUAUUAAUUUUUUUGGCAAAUUAAUUUAUAGGUGUUCAAUGACUAUAAAAAU